CAGCCUCCCACUUACGCGCCAGAAUACAUGUACGUGCCAGAAUUCAUGGCACGUUUACAACCUGAAGUAGCAGCACCGCGGGAAGUAGAGGAAGCGAGAGUUUUCGAGGUCGUGAGACCAACCGGAAUGCUUUACGUAGAGCCUCCUUCUUACGAACUGGAGUACCUCCACGUGCCAGAAUUCAUGAUGCGAGAACAACCUAUAGGUGUUCCAGUACAAGAAAAGGAAGCUCUGGCUCCAGAAGCGGAAACGCGGGCCAAAGAGCUUGCUAUACCGCCUUUUGGUUAUGAUGUGGGAUUCCCUGUCAUUGCAGAUUUUGCUACGAAAUCGACAGUGGAAGUUCCACAAACACAAAUAGGGAAGAUUUCAGAGUACCACAUUGGCGUGGACCUUGCGAAGAAGACAAGCAGCAUUGAGUAUUCAGGGACGGACAGCACAAGCUUCAGGGAUGCCACCGUACCGGAGCAAGUCUAUUCUGGAACGGCUCUUGCGCCGCAUGUAUCGACAAGUAGUGAAACUACCCCUGCGUUUGAAAGCGCCGAGUCUGCUUUUAUGGAAACGCUGAAGCAAAAGUACGCAACUGUCGAUGUUCCCGGUGACUCAAGCUCAUGCAAGUCGACCUCGUCGCUCGGCGCAAGCCGGGUAGAGGAAAGAGAGAUCGCGAUGUGGUCCGCUGAUCAACAAGCGAGCACGCAGGCAGCGAUAAGCACUUCCGGUUUUCAGGUACCAGUCACCGUUGAGACUAAGACUGAUAGGCGCAGCUCACUACAAGAGGAUGUCGCAAACGGACUUUUCCAUUACUCCCGAUUCACAGACGCUUUCGGGAAAGCCGAAGCGCUCUGCGACGCCGAACUCGAGAAAAUAAAGCUGGAAUUCGGUCGAUUACCUUUUCCUCCCGAACAACAACAGCUCUCAGGAGCAGCCGGAAAAGCGCGGCGCAGCUCAUCUUCUUCCGACUUCAGUUCUUUGUCCAUUCACGCCGAUGCUGUUACGAGAAGACUGCUUCGCGACGUCACUACGGUCGAGCGUUUUCAGCAACUAGUGCCAUCGAUGAACCAGUACGAGCCGCCCGAUGAAGCUCCGUCACAGACUUCCUCCGAGGGACAGAAAAAGGCCAAUGGUCACAGGUGCAACUUCGAUGUCUUAACCACGGAGAAGGUUACUCGCAUGGAAGAGAGACUUGAAUACAUCGAGCCCAUCCAGUCCGAAGAUUUUUCUACCGGUACUUCUCGCCCAAACUCCGACGACGAGAAAAGCAAGUCUACCGAUUUUAUAACUACGACUAUUGUCCUGAAAAACGAAAAGGAGGAAGACAUGCGGUAUGCCGAGCUCAUGCCCUUGAUCUGUUUCAAAGGCGGAGAGCCGAGCAAUUCUGCAGCAUGCCCCAAAGAAUCGCACUCCCAGGAGGCCAGUAAAUGUCCGCCAGAUUCGGACGAGGAGCAGUUUAUCACAACCAAUGUCAAAAUGGAGACGCGCGUUAAGGAGAAAUUCCAAGUCGUGAAGCCCAUGAAACCGGUCAAGAAGCGAAAUACUACCGACGCAGAUGCACAGUCAAAGAAACUGGUCAAAAGUUCUAUCCGCAACGAAAUCACAUUGAAGCAGUUUCUCCAAGAAGCGGAACAUAGAAGAUUAGAGGUCACCAAGGCCGAAAUGAUCGCCUCGUUGCGGCCCGAACCCUCCGUCACCGAAGAAGAAGCCGUGAAGCUCAUUCCGAUAGUGGCCGAACAGCGGCAGGUUCAACCCAGUAGCCAGAAGCGAACGCGCUCUCCUGGCUCACGGCCACUAGACAGAGACUUCGCGGACGAACUGCCUUCAGUCGACGAGUUGGAGCUGAGUUUGCACCCGCCGAUGAGCAUUGGAUCGCCGCAGCGGAAGAUCGACGCGAGCACCGUCAUGCAGGCGGUCGACAUGGCGGACGGAAUUCCGUCUGCCGAGGAGACCGAAGUGGUCAAAACUCACUACUCCUUAAAUCCGAAAAGCCUCGCCCCGCGCCGGACUAAAAUCGUCGAGAUGUCGGUGCUGCACUCGGUUUCGGACGCGCCUUCCGUAGAAGAAGCCGACUUUCCUAUAACCCCGCAGCCGUCCACGGAAGAAGCCUUGCGGUCCCGCGUGGACUCGGUGCAUACGUGGCGGCGCCAGUCAGAAAAGCCGACGCCAUCGUCCAGCGCAGCAAGUGAGGCACGAAAGCCGCCAGCUCCAGAGGACGAAUAUUCGUCGCUCCCGUUCAUGAGCCACACAUUCGAGAGCCAACUCGAGAUGGUCCCGAGCGUGGAGGCUGCCCCUAAAGAGAGCAGCGCUUCACUUUCUCCACUUUCUGCAGUGCCUCAGCCAGAGGUGAAAGAAACGGCGCUCGCAGAACAUGAGGGCCGGCAGGGCUUAGAACAAGAGCCGCUGAAGCCACCUGAGCAAGAAAACGCAGAUCAAGAAAAGCUUCAUAGCGAGUUUUCGAGCAAGAAAACUUUUCGCGACGACCGGAGGCUGUCAGUAAAGCAUGGCUACAAGGAAAUCACAGUUAGUGAAGACAGCCAGCCGCCAGAACAACCCCAGAUGCCUGAGGUGCCGCUCAUUGUACUCCCUAGUUCACCGACAUACACGCUUCUUGAGGAAACCGCGACACUAGAUACCAUGCAGCCCAUUCCUACGCUCGAGCCCGAACCGGCGCCUUAUCCUCAAGUAGCCUCGCCUGAUGUGCGUCGCACUUACAAGAUCAUCGACGUGACGACAGUUGAAGAACCCGUGGAACAGCGCGAAGAGGUAGUGCUGGAACCCGUCUCUGUUCGUCGCGAUAGCACUGGAUACCAAAUGUACAACCGCGAGGGCUCGGUGCAGGAGCCUCUGACUGCUAUCGAACAAGAAGUGGUGGCCGAAGCAGCGCCAAAAAGCGACACGGCGUCACUAGGUGCCGACGAAAGUCUGCUGAUAGAGCAAUUUGACAAGGACAGCGUUGGUUCCGAGGACAACCAACCACAGGAACUGCAGAUUCCCGAAGCACCUGUCACUUUGCACCCCAGCUCGCCGACAUACCAUCUGAUUGAGGACGUCGCAUCACCAGACAGUGCUGUGACUGAGCCAAACCUACAACCCGAGCCACCACUUCCUCCCCGGAUGCCUUCACAGGAGGUACACCAGACGUACAAGAUUAUUGACAUCCCAGCUAAAGAGGAAGCCCUAGACCAACUGGAAGAAUUGGUACCGGACAGUUUUACCUCUCCGGAAAUUAGAAAUACAUCCAUGGCACAAGCGUUUAAAACAUUUGACAAGGAUGCUAAGUCAGAACAAAAAGAAGACCAAGAGGACGCAUACUUGCUUCCCGAAGUUAAAUUAUCUAGCUCGGAUACGAAGCAUAAAACGUUCAAGCUUCUCGGCCAAGCCAAAGCAACUGCCUCAAAACCACCACCUGUCGCGCCCCAAGCACGCCCACUGCAGUACGAACUAGAGUACUUAUAUGUACCCGAUUUUAUGAAGCAAGAAACAUCUCCAAAAACUCCGACCUCGGAUUUUUCCAGGAAAGUGUCACCUGAAUCUACUCUGGAACGCGUGUAUACACCCGACUAUACGACAACAGCUGCACCAGCCGGAGGACCUCUGGCACCAGUCACACCAUCAACUUACGAACAACCUCAAGAGUAUGCACUAGAGUACAUCUACGUACCGGACUUCAUGAGGUCAGAAGCACCGGCUCUAACGCGUGAGCAAGGUCUAAAUUUACAAACCUCAGAAAUGGAGCUCAGCUUGCCGGCAUAUCCAAUUUCUCCGGAAAAACUACCAGGCAGCACAGUAAUACUCGCAGAAACGACACCACAGGAGGCAGGGUCGGGCUUUGAACAGUCCACGGAGUAUACAACGGAAGAACGCCAGAUGCGAUUCGCGAAGGCACCAAGCGAAAAAGAACAUCCAGCUCCAAGUGAACACGCAUCGUCCAUAGCUUCGGGAGUGGGCCAAGCGCAACCGCCAAAAUAUGAACCGGAAUAUUUGUACGUGCCGGAUUUCAUGAAAUCGGAAGUUCUGUCAGAAGGAGCCGGAGGUUCGAACAUCACUGUGCCAUAUAAAAAAAAAGCCCGAGUUCCUCCUGACGAAGAUGUAGCAAGAGCUCCUGUAACUUGCGAACAGCAAUUUGAAGGCGAAUUCUCGCAUUCCGUCGUUACUCAAGAGUCACCCGCAGGACUACAGGCGCCUACUGUCAUGGCGUCUAUUGAACAGCCCCCAAGUUACUUACAGCAGUACGUCUACGUCCCCGAGUCCGUGAGAGUACCUUGUCGCGAAGCUCCAGGUUCAGCAAGCCAAUCAAGUAAAGACAUCACCGCAAGUGACGUACAGCCACCAGAGUAUGAACUAGGAUAUCUUUACGUACCAGAAUUCAUGAUGACUGAAGCACCUGUCGAAUCUGUGCUACCACCGAUUCACCCGACUAGCGUCAUUUCUGAUCUGUCACACCUGCAUGACCAAGAAUUUUCCAACAUCGAGCAGCCUGAACCCAACAUAAACGAAAUGACAGGGCAUGGAGCCACAAUAGCAACAGCUGCUGCCGCCUACGAAGAAACGACAAAAUAUGAUCGCCGCUAUGAAUUUGACUCCAUGACAGCAGAAGCCCGAGCAGGUGAUUUUCAAGUAGCCGAAACAGAACGCUUGCUGCCAAGAGAACAUGAAUCGGAAGCAGAAAAUAUUAAAUCUACGUCCCCAGCUCAAGAUACGUUUGCAACAGAGUCUUCCUUCACUUUUCCCGACUAUUCUUUCGCGCCUGAGAGCAGUGACGAAUACCGCCCAGUAUUUGAAAAACCCACUGCAGGGCCACCGCAAGACACGUCAGAGGCCCCAGUUUUUACUAUAGAAACACGCCCUAGCACGAGCGCAGCUGAGAAACAACCUGGUGACGAAUUUGCGGAAGUGACGUCUACAGAACUAUUUGCCACAGCCGCACAUAGCUUAGCCACCGUCGCGUCUACGGAAUACGAGCCCGCUAUGAAAUCGUUGAAAUUGACUGAAGAGUCUCCAAUAACAUCAGUGGAAUCAUUGCACCCAGCACCCGUGGAAACAGAGCCUGGUUUGGAGGGGACGCAGAAGUCGCAAAAUUAUGAAUCGUUACAGCACGAAGACGGCCUUCAAUCAAUCGAGAAAAGGGACCAUGACAGCGCUGCUGAAACGGUUCUUGAAUUCAAACGUAGCGUGAAGCCGCAAGAAAAACUUCAUGGAACGUUACUUUCCACUUUGGAGGAAGAUGCACGACAAAAAGGACCCGGCUUUCAGGCCGUCAAUAAACAACUUGUUGAGGGUUCGGUUGACGGUUCAUCGGAUGAAGCGUUCUCCUCGGCGAUAACCGAUUUCCGGUCAGAAGAAAUGUUUCUUUCUGCAGCGAGAGACGAACACGAACGCGACCACGACGAUGGUCUGCAAAAUCAGGCUGUUGCGGAACCGUCAGCGGGGACGACCGAAGAGCUUUCGUUACCAAGUUCAGAACCGGCGUCUCUCCGGGUGUCCAAGAAAAUGGAAUCCGACUUUGAAACCGCUACGCAGCCAUCGGCUAAAGCAUCGGCAGAAAUGACAUCGCAAGAAGAACAUAGUCCCGCGACAAUGGACGAAUAUGGCGGCUCUCACAGGCCUAGUAUGGAUUUACAAAGCGCCGCGGAGCCAUCGGUAGCAGCAAAAGAAUUUUCGCUGCCUACAUCGGAAGCAGCGCAUCAAAAAGACGAAGUUCGGUCACAGGUGGAGCAAAUCACACAAGCAUCGGCUUUGGAGUCAGCCUCGGCGCAUGGCAGCGCCGAGGCUGCGGCUGCGCACUACCAGACGCUCGCCAAGUCAAGUGAUCUCGAAGAAACCUCGCUAUAUCCAUCAGAACAAGCGUACGAACUGUCCGAAAACAAACGGGUUCCUGAAUCCUUUCCGCAACACGAAUUGUUUGCGGCGCCUCUGGCGAAAAGUGAGGACGGUUCCGUCCCUUCUUCUGAAGCAGCGCGUCAGCAGCACGAGGGACUGCAACCAGAGGUCGAAGUCAUUGUGCAGCCACCAGGUGAAGGGUCGACUGAUUUGACGUCGGAAGAAGUUCUGUUUCCUAAAUCGGGAGGAUACGGUGGCCCUUUCGAAAUAGGCCCGCAAGAACCGCCCGUGGCCGAGCAAUUAGUAGAAAUAGAAGAGACUUCCGUACCAACAUCAGAGUUAACGUAUCAGCCGUCAGAGAGAGUAGAAGCCGCAUCCGAGGCUACCAUGAAACCAUCAUCUGAAGAGCCAGUAGAAAAAACAUCCGAAGAAAGUCUGGCCGUUCAAUACGCUAGUGAAGUCACUGUUAGACAAGCACACCAACCACCUGCGGAACAUUUAGUCGAGACCAAAAAACUUUCCGUACCAGCCACAGAAAGGGCGCGCCAAGCACGCGAGAAAGAACAAACCGAAGUCGAGAUUUUGACGAAACCUUCGGCUGUGCAGCCGUCUGAACUUGCAUUUGGCGGAGCCUUCGCCGCUCCAGAAACGCAUCCGCCAUACCAGCACUUCGUGAAGACAUCCGAACCAACAACGGAGCCGGAGUACACGUUAGUUCCUGAAUCAGAAUAUUCCGUUUCCUUGGCCGAAGCAGCACGUGAAACAUCAGGGCCGACUGUGAAAAACUUGGAAGGAUGGAGUCGCAGUGAGUCCGCCGGAAGAACAUCCGAGAAAAUAAUGCCUCGUCGCACUAGACAAGAGCAAGGCACAUCCGAUAGCGAAAUGCGAGCCGCGGGACAAGCGGAAUAUAGCGAGGAUGUUUCCGUGUUUCCCACGGAGACAACGUUACAAUCUUCGCUAAAUGCGCAGGGAGAGUCAGAAGCCAUUCCGGAAGCGAUUGCUCAGAAGACGCCUGAAAGAACGCUUGAAGGCAGCUUCGCGCCAACUACAAAGCAAGGCGCACUACCUCCGGAAGGAACAGCGAUCGAGCACAGGUCAAGUAUCGGCAUGACACUAGAAGUGCCGCCAGAAAUAGCUGCGCAAGAGAUGGCACCUCCUCCACGAAAGCUCUGGUCCGAACUACGCACAGAAGAAGCUCGGAGUGAGAGCUCGCUUCUCGCGACCACUAAGUCUGGCAGGCAGGAGAACGACCUAGCCGCGUUGCCUUACAAGAGCGUCUCCGAGUCAUACUUCGCCAGUUUGCCGGGACUGCAAGCGCCGAAAACGCGAACCGAGGACGCGGUCACUAUAGAACCGUCACAACUCCGCACGCUUGAACACGGUCCUAUCAUGGAAGCCGUGGUGGCGCCAGACUUCGCGCCUUCCGUGGAACACGCCGCUCCGCCAUCGCAGCGGCCCCUCCCCGACAUCGCGGCGCUGGCGUCGGCCGAUGCGAAACACCCGGUAGUCGCGGUGCAGGAAGGCGUCGCGUACGCGGCGCUCUCGUAUCCAGACGACGGCGACUUGUUCGCCGUGUUCGGCGACAUCGACUUUCUGACCCCGCUGGCCACGAUCGACGCGGAGCUGCACACGCUGAUCGGCGGCUUCCCCCAGGACACGUUGGUGCCCGUGCCGCCGAUGGAGUGCAGCCCGUGCAUGGCCGCCGAAGCGCAGCCUCCGGAGCCGCUGAUACAGCUGAGCGAAGGCAGUCCUUGCGGCAUGAGCCCCGUAGACUGGCUUGUCGUGGAAGCGUUCCCGGGCCCGUCGACAGCGCCGGUGGAGAUUUCGCAGCUCGGUGUGCCAGCAAGUGUUGAAAGCUCGAUGGGCGAGGACCCGUCCAUGAGUCCGGGAGAGAAGGAAACGUCGAGGCCACCGAGGCGUCUUUCCGAAGAACCCGGAUGUCCUCUGGAAGCGGCUGCUCCCGUGCUGGCGUUGUCGUUCGCGCUGAUGGCGUUCGUCGCAGCGGCGGCCAUCUUGUUGACAUCCGUGACCGAAGAUCCAGACUACUGAAUUGGAAAUCUAUGAAGAAUAAAGUACUUGGCCUUGUCCCAAACAGCUGUCUAUCGGUUUACAAGUCAACCUUUUCAAGCCAAAGCUCCUUCCUAUUUGCAUAAAUUUCCAAUAAAGCACACUUGCUGCUCUCUCAACUCGCACACAGGUUGCUUAAAAAAAGGAGGUUCAAGACAAUAUCUACAGCAGUGGCAAGCAUCAGAAAUUAUUUUAUAAUAGUCCAACAACCUUUUUUAUUAACUGAAUUUUACUAAUAAACUUCCUACUCAAAAACUUCA